AUGAACAACUUUAUAACUGAGAAGUUCACAUUACCAAUAGAUUAUGAAUCUCAAAGAGAUACAUACAAGAGACAAAUACUACUAGUGCUUGUUGGAUGUUUAACAUCCUGUAUAGUUGGAUUCAUUACUCAAUCUAUUCUACAACUACUAAUAUGCUACUUAUGUUUUAUAUUCGUUACUUGUGUAUUAAUACUGCCACCAUAUCAGUCAUACUGUAGAAGGAAAUUACAAUGGGUGGAACCUGUUGAAAUAAAGAUCAGCAAUUGA